AUGAUGAAAGCAGUCCGCUUCCAUGGUAAAGAGGACAUUCGUAUUGACGAAAUACCCAUCCCAGUGUGUGGCAAAGGCCAAGUCAAGGUGAAACCAGCCUUCGCCGGGAUUUGUGGCUCCGGUACUAUCAUUUCCGCCCAUAUAGGCACCCCAACUAUCCUGGAAUCUCUUGCUGACAUGUUCAUUUUCUGCCCAGAUCUUCAUGAAUUUCUUGGUGGCGCCUCCCUCAUCCCCGUUGUACCCCACCCUAUUACCAAUGAGCAGGCCCCCCUGACGCUGGGCCAUGAAUUCUCCGGUACUAUAAAGGAAGUUGGUGAGGGUGUAGAUGACAUCAAAGUGGGAGAUCGAGUCACUGUACAGCCCAUAAUAUACGACGGAACGUGUGCAGCGUGUAAAGAAGGGUACAUCAAUUGCUGUGAGAGCAACGGAUUCGUGGGGCUGAGCGGGUGGGGAGGGGGCCUCAGUGAGUAUUGUGUUGUCCCGAGAGCAAGCGUGUAUACGGUGCCUGAGAGUAUACCCUUGGACGUUGCUGCAUACUUUAUUGAGGCGGUUUUGGCAUUAGCGCUUGUGGAACCUCUUGCGGUUGGCUGGCAUGCUGUCAAAAGAAGCCCGUUCAAGAAGGGCGAUGCGGCACUUGUGCUCGGCGGAGGCCCGAUCGGAUUGGCUGUCAUUCUCGCCUUGAAGGCUAAAGGCGCAGACAAUAUCAUUGUGUCAGAAAUUGCGCCCAUGAGGAAAGAUUAUGCGAAGCAAUUCGGCGCCGAUCAUGUUGUGGAUCCAUCAAAGGAGGACAUCGUAGUGCGUGUCAAGGAGAUUUGUGGGGGCGUGGGCGUGAACAUUGUAUAUGAUGCUGCUGGAGUUCAACCAGCGCUCGAUGCAGCUAUCUUGGCUCUGAGAGCAAGGGGGACGUUUGUGAACAUCGCCGUGUGGGAGAAGAAGGCCACCAUCUGGCCAAGAGAACGGACUUACAUGGGUAUCACAACCUAUUUAGAGGGUGACUAUCGAGAGGUGUUAGACGCUAUUGAGUCAGGGAGCAUGCAACCAGGAAGUAUGAUCACCAAGAAGAUCAAGAUGGCUGAUGUGGUGGAGGAAGGUUUCAAAUGCUUAAUCAACGAGAAGGAUAGGCAAGUGAAGGUGAUGAUAGAUCUUAGCUCGUAA